AUGGCGAGUUCGGAGGUUUCGAUGAAAGGAAAUCGCGGAGGAGAAAACUAUCCCUCCGCCGGUUACAGUGACCCGAAGGAAAACAGAAUUGUUUCCGCCGCCGGAGAAGGGCAAAAAAGUAAUUCCAACCGACCAGUCGCCGCUGAGCGUGUUGUCGACCCUGAGGCUGCUCUCUACAGAGAACUAUGGCACGCUUGUGCUGGUCCGCUCGUGACGGUACCUCGACAAGAUGACCGAGUCUUCUAUUUCCCCCAAGGACACAUAGAGCAGGUGGAGGCAUCGACAAACCAGGCGGCAGAACAGCAGAUGCCUCUCUAUGAUCUUCCAUCGAAGCUCCUUUGUCGAGUCAUUAAUGUAGAUUUAAAGGCAGAGGCAGACACCGACGAAGUUUAUGCGCAGAUUACUCUUCUUCCAGAGCCUACUCAAGACGAGAAUGCAAUUGAGAAAGAGGCGCCUCCUCCUCCUCCCCCUAGGUUCCAGGUGCACUCGUUCUGCAAAACCUUGACCGCGUCGGACACAAGCACUCACGGUGGAUUUUCUGUUCUUAGGCGGCAUGCGGAUGAAUGUCUCCCACCUCUGGAUAUGUCACGUCAACCUCCUACUCAGGAGUUAGUUGCAAAAGAUUUGCAUGCAAACGAGUGGCGUUUCAGACAUAUUUUCCGAGUCUACUACAAACCGAGGACAAGUCCAUCUGAGUUUAUUGUUCCGUUUGAUCAAUAUAUGGAAUCUGUGAAGAAUAAUUACUCCAUAGGCAUGAGAUUUAAAAUGAGAUUCGAAGGCGAAGAGGCUCCUGAGCAGAGGUUUACUGGCACAAUCGUUGGGAUUGAAGACUCUGACCCCACGAGGUGGGCAAAAUCAAAGUGGAGAUCCCUCAAGGUGAGAUGGGAUGAGACUUCUAGUAUUCCCCGACCUGAUAGAGUAUCUCCGUGGAAGAUAGAGCCAGCUCUUGCUCCUCCUGCUCUGAGCCCUGUUCCCAUGCCUAGGCCCAAGAGGCCCAGAUCUAAUAUAGCUCCUUCAUCUCCGGACUCUUCAAUGCUCGCUAGAGAAGGCUCAACUAAAGCAAACAUGGACCCUUUACCGCCAAGUGGACUUUCAAGGGUCUUGCAAGGUCAAGAAUACUCGGCCUUGAGAACAAAACAUACUGAGAGUGUAGAGUGCGAUGUUCCUGAGAAUUCGGUUGUGUGGCAAUCCUCAGCGGAUGAUGAUAAGGUUGAUGUGGUUUCGGCUUCUAGAAGAUAUGAGAACUGGAUGACAUCAGGCAGGCAUGAGCCUACUUACACGGAUUUGCUUUCUGGCUUUGGGUCUAACAUAGAUCCAUCCCACGGUCAUCGGAUACCUUUUUACGACCAUACAUCAUCACCUUCUGUGCCUGCGAAGAAAAUCUCGAGUGAUCAGGAUGGAAAAUUUGAUUAUCUUGCCAACCAGUGGCAGAUGAUGCACUCUGGUCUUUCCUUGAAGUUACAUGAAUCUCCUAAGGUCCCUACAGCAUCUGAUACCUCUUUUCAAGGGCGAGGCAAUGUCAAAUAUGGUGAAUAUCCGGUGCUUCAUAGUCUGACGACUGAGAAUACUGGUGGCAACUGGCCAAUACGUCCACGAGCUAUGAAUUAUUUUGAGGAAGUGGUUCAUGCUCAGGCGCAAGCUCAGGCUAAGGAGCAUGUAGCGAAACGACCUGCGAUAGUACAACAAGAGGAGACAGCAAAGUCUAGAGACGGGAAUUGCAGGCUUUUUGGUAUUCCUCUGGUAAACAACACGAACGGGACAGAUUCUACCAUGUCUCAGAGAAACAACGUGAACGAUGCUGCGGGCCUUACGCAGAUAGCAUCUCCAAAGGUUCAGGAUAUUUCUGAUCAGUCAAAAGGGUCAAAAUCGACAAACGAUCAUCGUGAACAGGGAAGACCAUUCCAGACUAAUCAUCCCCAUCCGAGGGACGCUCAUACUAAAACAAACUCAAGUAGGAGUUGCACAAAGGUUCACAAGCUGGGUAUUGCACUUGGUCGGUCAGUGGAUCUCUCAAAGUUUCAGAACUACGAGGAGUUAAUCGCAGAAUUGGAUAGGUUGUUUGAAUUCAAUGGAGAGUUGAUGGCUCCUAAGAAGGACUGGCUGGUAGUUUACACAGAUGAUGAGAAUGAUAUGAUGCUUGUUGGAGACGAUCCUUGGCAGGAGUUCUGUCGCAUGGUUCGUAAACUCUUCAUAUACACGAAAGAGGAAGUGAGGAAGAUGAACCCGGGAACUCUGAGCUGUAGGAGCGAGGAAGAAGCAGUCGUUGGGGAUGGAUCAGAUGCGAAGGACGCCAAGUCAGCAUCGAAUCCUUCAUUGUCCAGCGCCGGGAACUCUUAA